AUGUAUCUUCGAAGCCUAAUACCUGCUUUCGUAGUCGUUGUGGCUGCUGAGCCCAUCACUAAUAUCCUAUCCGCCAACAGUAACGAGCUCAGUACACUCACAUCCUUAUUGGGAACUGUCCCUGAGCUCACUAAUGCUCUCUCCACGGCAAGAAACAUAACCGUCAUCGCGCCGAGCAAUGCCGCGUUCCAAAAGGCCAUGGCGGCCAUGCCCGAGCUGGCCACCAUGGUGAAGAACACGACGUUUCUCACCGACCUGCUCGAGUACCACGUGGUACAGGGUGUCGUCUCGUCAUCCAUGUUCUCCACGACGCCCCUGUUUGCGUCGACAGCCCUCCAGCUCCCCGUCUCGACUCCGGCAGGGGCAAUAAAGUCCCAAAGGGUCGAGCUAAUCAAGUCCAACGCCGACGCUCUCGUCAUUUCGGGCUUCAAGCAGGCGUCGCGGGUGACGCAAGCCGACCUCUUUUUUGACGGCGGCGUUUUGCACAUUGUCGACAGCGUGCUCGCCGUGCCCGAGGUGACUUCGGUCACGGCCCUGGACGUGGGCCUGACCUCGCUGGCCGGCGCCCUGGCAAAGUCCAACCUGACGAGCGGCGUCGACGCCCUGCGCGACGCCACCAUUUUUGCCCCGUCCAAUGCCGCCUUUGUCCAGGUCGGCAACGUGGUCGAGGCCGCCGGGCCCGAUCUCCUCUCCGAUGUCCUGGGCUACCAUAUCGUCACGGCGGGCGCCGUCCACAGCACCGAGCUCCUCCAGCGCGUCCGCGCCGCCGGCGGCAAAACCGUGGCGCUCAACACGCUCGAGGGCGGCACAUUGGCUGUGAGGGAGGUUAAUGGGCAGUUGUAUGUCAAUAAUGCCAAGAUUGCCCUGGCCGACGUCUUGACCCAGAAUGGUGUCGUCCAUGUUAUUAAUAAUGUUCUCAACCCUCACGCCACCACACUAGUUCCAGACGCCUCGAGAGCCACGCCCGUUGCGGAUUUCGCGGGUGCCAGUGCCGUCAGAGAGGCCCCCUUUACCUCUGCCGUCUCGCCCACAACCACCAUUGUGCCCGUCACCGUGGCCCAGGCCGCCGGCCAGCACGCGGCCAUGCCUACGGUGGCAGCCCUUAUGGGUGCCUUUGGAGCGGCGGCGGCGGCGGCGAUUGUGAAUAUGUGA